AUGGCGGAGGCUGCGCCAAAACCAUCGAGCUUCCGAUCGAAGUUCGGAUUCGGCCGAAACAAAGAUGCAGCGCCUCGCGGCAAGCUCAGGAAGAAGAACGCCGCGCGUGUGGAUUUCGACGUCAACAGUGUAAACUCGCAUGAUACGUCAACCAGCGACGGAAAAGUACUGCUUAACCCUCAUAAUACUCGCCGCUCAAGUAGCAUCACGAGCACGUUGUCGAGACUGAGCACUGAUUUCACACCAUGGAGGGCCAGCUCGGAAGGACGUUCACAGUCUGUUGUCUCGAAGAAAGGUCCGCGCAAACUCAAAAAGCCCGCCCACCAGGCUCCCGGGCGCAUAGAGCUCGAUAAAGAUACUGGCGAGCGCAAAGACUUGACAGAGAUGAUGCAUGCCUUUGGGUUUACUGAGAACGCAGACGACACGGAGGAGCUUGUGCAAGUGGAAGAGUGGGAAUACGACCCUUCACAACCGGACGGUGCCACUUUGCUAUCGACAAUGGUCCCCGAACUAUGGGGAUUGGUCAGCGACCAUCUCACCCCUCUCGACAUUGCCAAUCUAGCUUCAACAUGCCGUGCCAUGCAUAACCGACUGGGUGAAGUGUCCUACGAAUUGCUGCGCAAUCCGAUGCACCUACCGCACCGCGUUGCUUUUCUACUUUCAAUGGACAAGAAACUUCCGAACCAUCUGUUCUGCUUCCCUUGUGCGAGAUGGCACAUACGCGCGACUCCAGGCUUGGAGAAACUCAAACCACCAAAAGUGCUGAACCCCGUAUAUAACUGUCCAAACAGCACGAACAACCUUAUGCCACCACCUCGGCUACGCAUCAGUGACUAUCGCUGGUUACCAUUCACGUUCGUCCAGCUCUAUAAGCGUGCUUGGGAGCAUGGGCCGGAUUAUGGCAUCCACGUUAACUCGCUGGCUCGGAGAUUCAAAGACCUUGAAUCAAAGUGGACUCACGAAAGCAUGUUCCACAUCAACCCAAGUAAUGGCCACGUCUUGAUGCGAGUCAAAUCGCAGGUCUUUGUAGAAGGCGGACUGCAACCAGCAGCGAAACGCAUGCUCCUCUUCAGUAGAAGUGACUACACUCCUUAUUUCAGCGUAUGCGCACACUGGCGCAAGGGUAUAUUGACUUCGAUACCCAAGUGCGCCCUGGAUCACAUCCCCAUUCCGGAAGAGAAUGUUUACGUGGCCACGUUCAAUAAAAUGCGACAUGCGAAACUAUCUGGCCCUACUGCGCUAUGUGGCCACUGCCAACCCAUGCGCCGAUGCGUCGACUGCCCAACGGAGUACCUCUUCGAGUUGAAGCUUGUUGAAGACAAAACAGUACAGAAGAUGGGUCCAGAAAGGUUCAGACAGGUGCUACUCGUGACGCGGUGGAGCGACUUGGGCCCAGCGCGCAGCCCUCUAGACCCGGAAUGGGCUUCCGUGGUAGGCGAGCACGAUGAGUACAACAGUUUCGAAGAAAUUGGAAAGCGAGCUGUGAGCGGCAUUUUUGAGAGUGCGUUUACAGAUACAACUCCUGGGCAGCGCAUCCUGAGUCUCAAUCCUGAUGGGCUCGAAGAUGACGAGGAUCACGGUGAUUGGUAUUGA